ACAUUCCAGCGUACGGGGCUGUACGAGGCGAUGCGUCCUUAGUUUGAUGUUGCGCGUCUGUUCAACGGUCGAUUUGCAAAGUGUAUCGCCGCCGUACUGACGAGUGGAAUUAAAUAUCACCGAUACGUGAUACACGAGAACGAAAAGAAAAACCACGAAGGAGAGCGUAAGCGAGAGAGAUAGUGUUAACAUUGUGACAUGUCCAUUCUAGACGAGCGUGACGAGUACCUGAAGAAUCCGUACUUCAAGGAACACGAGUACGGCGACUUCACGCCAUUCUAUGUCGCAGUGGCCCUUUGCUCCGUGCUGGGCGGGUUCCUGUUCAUUCUGAACAUUGCGUUCUGCUGGUGCUCGCGGCAUCGGCAGUACUGGCAGAAUCGCCACACCGGUAAUAGGUGGAUUCAGCCUCUAUGGACUGUGUUGCCACACAAAACACCACCGCUUGAUCUGAGCGAGUUGGAGCCAGGCCGUAUCAAACAUCCACAAGUGAGGCACGAGAUCAUCCACGAGUAUCACGAUCCGGAGUCUCAAGGUCCUACACCUCAGCCACAGGAAUACCUGGAGAUGCAGAAGCGCGAGAGUGAGAUCUGAAGUAGUACACCAGCAACGUCGAUCCAGCGAUCAGCACGGUAUCGGAAAGCAGUAGCGGCACCUACGCUUCAGUAUACACCCAAAGCCAACAUUUAAUCGAGUCCAAUAGAGCCUAAUUAGCCCUUGCACUCAGCUAAUUGUGUUGACGUGGCCCCUGUCUGCUAAACCUCUCACCGUCAUACGCCA